GCGUAGCAGGACGUUGUGCCAGAGCCGCGACUAGCCGGUCAGAGUGAACACGUGCUACUGGGGAGAGCGCGAUGCUGGGAAGGAAGCGGGCGGCGCAGGCGGCGGCGCAGUGGCUGCUGCUGCUGUUGCUGAUGCUGGGAGCCUCGGCGGCGCGCGGCAGGAAGGAGGACCGGCCCACCGACGAGGAGGUGGCCAACCUGCGGAGGAACAUGACGGACAACAGCCUGCUGCUGUUCCCGGGAGGCGACCUGCCGCCGCUGCUCUGCGAGAUGACCAAGGACAGCAGCGAGCGCCUCAGCCACCCGGCCGACUUCUACGCGCUCGCCAGGGUCGGCUUCAUCAUGUACUGCAACUUCCUGGCCGACGAGGCGGACACGUCGCGCCUGGUGCGCGUCAACGAGAUCAAGCUGGACAAGGUGUUCGGCUGGAGCGACGACGACGGCCACUUCGGCAACUACCAGCCGAAGCGCGACCUCAACUCGGCAGCGUGCACGCUCGACUCGCAGAUGCCGGCCGGCUUCUUCGACUUCCUGGCGCUGCGGCCGCACCAGCAGGACACGCUGCGCUGCUACGGCAACCCGGCGGGCGAGACGGCGCUGCUGUGGUUCCGCGGCUUCCCCACCGUGCUCUGCACCAUGGACGCAGAGCUGGAGCUGCGCGGCGCCUACGCCUUCACGCUGCCCGGCAUCGCGGGCGAGCCGUUCCGGUGCGCGUUCGCGCCCUACACGGCUGUGCCCAUGGCCGAGGAGCUGGCGUCGCAGGAGCGGCUGCACCGCUCGCUGACCGAGCGCUACGUGCCGCGGGGCGCCACCAAGUUCCCGCGCUACAACUGCACCGAGGGCGGCGGCGCCGGCGAGGGCGACCCCAGCGGAGCGGCGGGGUCCGGCAGCCCGCACUUCCGGGCGCAGUCUCCCUCGGGAGUCCUCUACAAGUGCACUUUCCUCCUGUAAGGAGGAUCCAUUCCAGGCCAGAGCGGAUGGUAUUGGUAUGCCGCCAUAGAAAUCUCCGAGUCAAGGAUAUCUUCGGAGAUGUUUGGGUUGAAUAGGAAAUACUUCACUGAAUCUACGUAAUUUAUGUUUGAAUAAAUUUCAUUUAUCUACUUUUGUAUGGUACACGCACUGUGAAAAUAAGUGUGAUGCUUUGCUGUUAGUGCUGUUUCGUGAACUUAAUUGCAUUUAUAAACUUUGUCAUCCCAUUCUCUGUCUAAUAUUAACUAUUAUGGAAUGUUAUUGGCCCAUAACAUUAUUACAAAUUUAAUAAAUAACACUUAAAUCUUUAUUUGUCAAAAUUUAUCUUGAUACAUCAUGAUGGAAAUCCAAAACGAAGAACGUAAAUGUUAAGUUUCUUACGACUUCGUUCCCAUCGAUAAAAUAUCAAGAAAUUUUUAUUAAAUACUGUCGUAGAGCAUCACUUGCUUUCGAUAUCUGAGAACUAUAUUUGUUACGCAACUCAUGGGAAAGUUAUUAAUGUUACUUUUAUAUACAAAAAUGGAGGUUGGUCGUACAGCUUGAAGCGUAUGUGUGUUUCAAGCAAGUAAGUGGAAACAGAAACCGAGUAAAAUAGCUAAUUAUAAAAUGAAUGACAUUUAUGCCUCAUUUAGGCAGUUUCUGAGAGCCCUUAUCGUCCCUUCCGUUGGUUACCUAAAGUAAUACUUUUACAAAUCUCAAAGCCACAGUUUAUUCAUUAUUAAUAUCUUACAGUAAAAUAAAGCCUUACCAAUAGAACAACAAGUGUUGUAAGUAUUUGCGAGUAGUCGUUGUCACAGCUUCUAAUGUUAGCAACUGACCACCUGCAAGUUUCGCUGGUGUAUGAGCUGUGCUGUAGAUCACCUGUAUUGAUUUCAAGUUACACAAUGAAAUCUGAUUAUACUUUAUUAGACGCUGUGUUUUAAUUUAGUUUUCUUUUCCUAUAAUUCUUUAAUCUCAUAUUACAAAUCUUCAUUUCUUCAUGUUAAUUAGAAACGACCUUCUUUUUUUGAGUGAUGUAAUAAUAACAUAUAUUUCAAGGACGGUGGGCUUCAAAGCUAGUCUCAAUGCAGAAACGUGCCCUUAUGUAUAUAAACGUUCACAUUUUCAAAUACGUCACCGUCUGCAGCCCACACUCUUAAGCCUCAACAAGAAAGUUUAGUGAUGAAGUUGUAUUUAACAGUGAUUUCGAGAGCCAGUCACGUUGACUGAAAAAACUGCAAACUUUCAACAGACAUACCACUGACACAAAAUUUCUACUGUUGCAUUUAAUUCGUUUCGAUUAAGGAAUACUCAUUUAAACUUAGAAUGAUGAAUUUCAACAAUACAUUGUAAUCGCUAAGUAACAUCCUGAAAAUUGUAAAUCGUUUACUCUCGUAUUCUUUUACAUGCUUUGAGUGUAGCCAACUUACUAAUAAAGAUUUUUCUUUUGUGUCUGUUCUCUUUUCUGUUGCUUGUUGUUAUGUGUUUACUACUAUAAAAUGUAUUAUUAUUUUUCGGGAAAUAAAUGGUCAUUGUAGCUUU